CGUCAGUCACACCUGUUCACACAAGAACCUCGUUGCAAUGUCUGCGGACGGAAUACCCUAGAAUGUGAACAGAUUUUGGUCAGGGACCACGUUUUGACCCAGUGGGUAGCGAGGCGUUAUACUCAUAUUCAUCCCAAGUGUGUUCUCGUGAGUGAUUCUUUCUAUGUGAGUUAUGGCCACAAUUGCCUCUCCUCAGCCUUCUGCUAAGGUGCCUGGUACCCCACCCGAUUCUGCGGUUUCGAAAUCUGGCGACAUUCCUGAAUUAUUCGAGGUUCAGGAGCUUCGCGGGCAUGACGAUCGCGUGUGGAGCGUCUCAUGGUCGCCGGACGGGGCCCUUCUGGCCUCCUGCAGCGGCGACCGUUGUGUCCGAAUCUGGGGUCGAGAAGCCGGAGCGUCGUCUCCUUUCAUUUGCAAGGCCAUCUUAGAAGACACGCAUUCGAGGACAAUUAGAUCCUGCGAGUGGUCACCAGACGGAAGGUUCCUGGCAACAGCCAGCUUCGACAACACGGUGGCUGUAUGGGAACGAACCGGGAGCAACGACGCUGACUUUGAGUGUCUCGCUGUGCUCGAGGGCCACGAGAGCGAGGUGAAAUCAGUAGCAUGGAACGCAACUAGCUCCCUACUAGCCACAUGCAGCCGGGACAAGAGCGUGUGGAUCUGGGAGGUGCCAGGUGGCAGCAGCGGAGUGGCUGGACGGAUUGGUGUGGGCCCGGCGUCUGACUUUGACUGUGUGGCGGUGCUGCAUGGCCACACGCAGGACGUGAAGAUGGUGCGCUGGCACCCGAGGCAUGACUGGCUUGUGUCAGCCAGCUAUGACGACAGCAUCAAGGUCUGGGCUGCAGAGGUGGAGGGUGAAGACGAUUGGUCGUGUGUACAGACCCUUGAUGCUGCAAAUGGGGCGGGGCAUUCGUCUACAGUUUGGGCUAUCUCGUUUGAUGCCACCGGACACUACAUGGCAUCCUGCAGUGACGAUUUGACUGUCAAAAUUUGGGAUACAAGCUGUGAGCCGUCGGAUGUGAGGGCCUCAGAAGGAAGCUCAGCAAGGGGAUGGUCGCAUGUCUGUACACUUGCGGGCUUCCACGACCGCACCAUCUUCCACGUCGACUGGUCCAUAGCCAGUGGGCUGAUUGCCACAGCAGCAGGAGAUGAUUGCAUACGAGUCUUCUCUUUCCCCGGCCUGCCUCGCUCAGAGCCUGGCGAUGAUGGAACCAACUCCAACAUUGCCAACAGAAAUGGAACUGGCGAGGAGCCAGGGAUUGCAGGGGAGGCAGGGGUGGCAGCGGCAGCAGCGGUGGGAGAGGAGGCGGAAAAUAGGGCCCAGCUGCUGAUUCGAAAGGCACAUGCACAUGACACGGAUGUCAACUGCGUGAGAUGGAACCCCAAGAAUCCCUGCCUCCUGGCAUCAGCAGGAGAUGAUGAGAUGGUGAAGAUCUGGGAGAUCAGAGGGCUUGCAGGCGCUGGGUAAAUUGUAUGCAUCAUGGUGGAGGGUAGACCAUGGUGGAGGGUAGUCACCUGACUGACAGGCCCAGAGGCCUGUCUGAUGGUAGCUUACUAGCUUAGAAUAGGAACAAUAAUUAGUGUAUAGAUUGUUAAACAUAGCAGUUUACAGUAAUACCCUGGAGGCC